AUGACGAGGCUCGCCAUCAUCCCGCGCCAGACCCCAGAGCUACUGUCUGCAUUUGCGAGACUCGGGCUAGCUGGCACUCCUAGAGCCAUCCGCGCUGCCCCAAUCGCAGGACCUUCUUCGCGACCAUCCUGCUCGAACCCAUCGUCUGCUCGGAGAUUUACCACCACGUCUCCCACGCGGCUCGCCACAGAAGCUGCCGAGCCCAUUGUUCCAGCACCUGCGGCCGUCGAAGGAGUGCCCGCUGCUGCUCCAUCUGCCACAUGGACCUCACAGUCUCGUCGGGUGGGACUUAUUGCUCGCAAGCGUGGAAUGGUCACCUACUUUCUACCCACUGGUCAGGCCGUGCCAUGCACUGUCUUGCAGAUCGAUGACUGCCAAGUGUCAGCGCACAUAGGCUUUCCCCCUACUAAGCCACACCCAACCGACGAUGAGAAGGGUCAGCCGAUGAAGAUUCCAAAGCUCGCUCCUUACACUGCACUUCAGAUUGCUGCUGGAGAGGUGACGAGUCGGAUAGGCAUCGGCAAGAGUGUCAAGGGUCACUUGGCAAAGGCUGGUAUCAAGACGAAGAAGAGGGUGCUCAAGGAGUUCAAGAUCACCAGAGAUGCUCUUUUACCUUUGGGUACGACGCUCUCUGCAGCUCACUUUGUCCCAGGUCAAGAUGUCGACGUCUCGUGUACAGCGCGGGGCAAGGGUUUCCAGGGUGCCAUGAAGCGUCACGGCUUCCACGGUCUGCGAGCAUCGCACGGUGUCUCUAUCUCUCAUCGUUCGCAUGGUUCGACUGGUCAAAACAGUGAUCCAUCGCGAGUCUGGCCUGGUCAAAAGAUGGCAGGAAGAAUGGGAGGAAAGAGGGCUACGGUACACAAUCUCAAGGUACUGAGGGUGGACCUGGAUCGCGAGCUGAUCUUGGUGAAGGGCCCAUUGCCUGGUCCGGAUGGAGGUGUGGUGGAGGUGACGGAUGCGAGAAGGUCGCUGGUAUGGAAGGCGGCCAAGAAGAACAAGAAGCAAGGCUUGGAGGGUGCAGAGGCGCUGCCCGAGGGUAUUGAUGCCUUGCCAUUCCCAGCUGGUACAAAGGAGAUGAAGGCUGGCCUACCAAGCAUCAUCGAGUGGACUGGAGCCCCUGCCACAGCAGCUUAG